AUGAACUGGAUGGGAGACCUCAAAGAUUACCUUCUGUCUAUCAAAAAUCGCCACGAUCUCAUCGAGGGCUCCUGUCGGCACAAUGUCAUCGGCGUGGACUGGAGUGAAGGCGCCAAGACGGCAUUCUACCCGCAGGCAGUUGCCAACACUCAGCUUGUCGGUGCAAUUGUUGCCAAAUUCAUCAAAGAUCUGAUCAGCGUACAUCGAACCACGCCAGAUCGCUUUACCAUUGUCGGACACUCUCUCGGAGCUCAUACUUCAGGCUUUGUGGGCACCCAUUUUAAAAAACCAAAUCAAAUUAAGCUCAUAAUAGGACUUGAUCCAGCAGGGCCUGGGUUUCACGACGUGCCUAAUACACACCGGCUAGAUCCUUCAGAUGGAAAGCUAGUGCUCACACUGCACACGAACGGCGGCAAAAUUAUCGGUGACUCCUUUGGCAUAAAAGAAUCACUCGGUCAUUACAGCUUUUGGCCAAAUGGUGGAAGUGACCAGCCAGGCUGUGAAGUCACUAGAGGCAUUUCAAAUAUACUGUUGGAAGGACUCUUCACCGGGCUGUCAAAUACCAUUGCAUGCAGUCAUCGUCGAGCGACCAUUUUGGUUCAGUUCAAUGAAUCGCUACUUACCACAGCGCAGAGUAUGGCCUACACUUGUGAAGAUUAUGAAAAGUUUGGGGAAGGACAGUGCGGUAACUGUUUGGCCAAUCCGAAUGGAUGCAAGCCCUUUGGUAGUUGGUUUGAUUUUUGGCACCAGUAUCAAUUGCCUUCAAAUUGGUCAAAGCCAGUAAACUAUUUUAUUGAUACUACAGACAGUAAGCCCUACACCACGUACCACCAUCAGAUGGUGGUGAGAACAAAACCAUCUUUUUCCUCAUUUCUCGGGUACAUCAAAGUGACGCCCAUUGGCGAGAAGAGAGACGCUGAACAGAUCAAAAUUGACCCUGGAAGGGUGAAGCCGAACUCGACGUACACUUAUCUGAUCAAGGUGCCCAAAAGUUUGGGUAAUAUUGAUAAAGCUCUGGUGCGCAUUAAAAAUGAUGGCAUAGCCAACUCACUGGUGAAGGCAGUUGGAUUUCAAGGAGAAAGCUUUAAUCCAAUGCAGGUGAUUGAAGAGAUACGAUUCAACUUUAUGAGCAACGAGGAUCUGGCGUAA